AUUUUUAUAUUUUAAAAAAUUUGGAAAUUUUUUUAAAAAAGUACAUCACAUGAAUAAAUGUGUAGAAACAAGAAUAUUGAUUAACUGAGCACUGUAUAUAUUCACAAAAGUGCAUUACAUCAAAACAUUUAUUCAUUUACUUAGUUACUCCUUUAUUCGUAUAAUGUAUAUCAUGAUACCACCCAUAUAUAAAUGAGAUGAUGAAUACAAAUGCAUACAUAUAUAUAUAUAUAUGUAUAAGAAACUAAUAAAAUUUACCUAUUUCAAAUAGUAUUAAUAUGAAUGAUAAGAAUAUUCUAAAGAAAAGAAAAGGGUAUAUACAUACCAUGGUUUAUGAUGCCUGAUGGCAACGGCUUCAGCAAAUUUCUGAACACUGGAUUUUGGCUGUUUAUUUAUCAACUUGAAAGAUUGGAAGGUAUCGACCUGAUGUUCUGUAUCCAAGAGAUGUUUGGUAAUUGCACUGUUUACAGUUGUUCUUUCUUUUGUUCUAAAGCUCAUGCUCAAAAAUCUAAGAUAUGCCCUCUUUUCUGUUCGCCCAAUGUAGGUGCUUUAUUAUCACAUCUACAGCCUUUCAUGUCUUUAACUUCAUGUUCAUAAUGGGAAGAAUUGCCAUUCAUACUUCUGUUACUUUAAAUUUCU